AUGGCGGGGGCCGGCGGCAGCGGCCGGGACAAGCGGGCGACGGCGGCGCGGCUGAAGGCGGCGCUGGGCGGCGAGGGCGGCGCGGCGGCGGCGGGCGAGCUGCGGGCGCUGCUGGAGCGGGUGCUGGCGCCGGCGGCGGCGGCGGCCGAGGCGCUGGAGUGGUGCCGCUGCCUGCUGUCGGGCGGCGAGCCCUGGGACGGCUUCGCGCAAGCCGUGCGGGCCUACGACCCGGCCACGCUGUGCGGCCUCGUGUGGACGGCCAACUUCGUGGCCUACCGCUGCCGGACGUGCGGCAUCUCGCCCUGCAUGAGCCUCUGCGCCGAGUGCUUCCACCAGGGCGAGCACGCCGGCCACGACUACAACAUGUUCCGGAGCCAGGCGGGGGGCGCCUGCGACUGCGGCGACAGCAACGUCAUGCGGGAGGCCGGGUUUUGUAAAAGACACCGGAUUAAGUCAAAUUCAAAUGUUCCAUGUGUCCCGAAAGACUUGUUGAUGAUGUCAGAAUUAGUUCUUCCACAGUUCAUCUUUAGUCUUAUUCAGCACUUAAGAGAGGGAUAUAAUGAGCCUGCUCUUGAUCUGCCAUCAGAAAAGGACCUUCAUAAAAUCCUUCAGGUUUUGGAGCCUCAUGUUUCCUUUCUGGAAGACUUGACCAAAAUGGGAGGAGCAAUGCGAUCAGUUCUUACCCAGGUUUUGACUAACCAGCAAUUCUACAAAGAUCUUAGUUCUGGUGUCGGAGAGAAUGCAUGUGCAAGGACAAGUCACGAAAAGUACCUCAUAGCCUUGAAAGGCUCUGGCCUGGCGUUUCCUGAGGAUAAGCUUGCGUGUGGUAUGCAGGAACAAGGAGCUGGAACUAGCACAUUAGCAGUUCAAGGUUUAGCAGGUGCUACAGCAACAUCAGGACAAGGGAAUUCUUCAGAUGAGGAGGACCAGGAUGGUAGCCAAGGUGUGGGCAAGCGCAAGAGGGUGAAACUAAGCAGCACCACCAAAGAUCAAUCUAUCAUGGAUGUUUUGAAGCAUAAAUGUUUUCUAGAAGAAUUAUUAUUUUGGACAAUAAAAUAUGAAUUUCCACAAAAGAUGGUGACUUUCUUACUCAACAUGCUGCCAGAUCAAGAUUAUAAGAUUGCUUUUACCAAAACUUUUGUUCAGCAUUAUGCUUUUAUUAUGAAAACAUUGAAGAAAAGCCAUGAAUCAGACACUAUGUCUAAUAGAAUUGUGCAUAUCAGUGUUCAGUUGUUCAGCAAUGAGGAACUAGCGCGCCAAGUAACAGAAGAAUGUCAGCUGCUGGAUAUUAUGGUCACUGUUUUAUUAUACAUGAUGGAAAGUUGCCUUAUUAAAAGCGAAUUGCAAGAUGAAGAGAACAGUUUACAUGUUGUGGUGAAUUGUGGGGAAGCACUACUGAAGAAUAAUACUUACUGGCCCCUGGUUAGUGAUUUUAUAAAUAUACUCUCACACCAAAGCGUGGCAAAGAAAUUUUUGGAAGAUCAUGGUCUUUUGGUAACAUGGAUGAAUUUUGUAUCAUUCUUUCAAGGCAUGAAUUUAAAUAAACGUGAGUUAAAUGAGCAUGUGGAGUUUGAAUCGCAGACAUACUACGCUGCCUUUGCUGCUGAGCUGGAAGCCUGUGCCCAGCCCAUGUGGGGUCUUCUGUCACACUGCAAAGUUAGGGAGACACAAGAAUACACACGAAAUGUUGUCAGAUACUGCCUUGAAGCUCUUCAGGACUGGUUUGAUGCUAUCAACUUUGUAGAUGAGCCAGCCCCUAACCAAGUUACCUUUCAUUUGCCACUGCAUCGUUACUUUGCCAUGUUUUUAAGUAAGGCUGUCAAAUGCCAAGAACUAGAUCUGGAUACUAUCUUGCCAGACCAGGAGAUGCUGAUGAAAUUAAUGAUACACCCUCUACAAAUUCAGGCAAGCCUCUCUGAAAUUCACAGCAACAUGUGGGUGAGGAAUGGCCUACAAAUUAAAGGACAGGCAAUGACUUACGUGCAGUCUCAUUUUUGUAAUUCCAUGAUUGAUCCUGACAUUUAUCUGCUACAAGUCUGUGCCUCUAGGCUUGACCCAGAUUAUUUUAUUUCAUCAGUUUUUGAAAGAUUUAAGGUGGUAGAUCUGCUAACAAUGGCAUCGCAGCAUCAGAAUACAGUUCUUGAUUCAGAGCAUGAAAGAUCCAUGCUGGAAGGAGCCUUAACAUUUUUAGUCCUUUUGUUAAGUCUUCGCUUGCAUUUAGGAAUGACAGAUGAUGAGAUCCUCAGAGCAGAGAUGGUAGCCCAACUCUGUAUGAAUGACAGAACACACAGUUCAUUAUUGGAUCUCAUUCCAGAAAACCCAAAUCCUAAAAGUGGUAUUAUUCCAGGAAGCUUAAGCUUUGAAUCAGUGUUGUCAGCAGUUGCUGAUUUUAAAGCUCCUGUUUUUGAACCUGGAGGUUCCAUGCAACAAGGAAUGUACACACCUAAAGCUGAAGUUUGGGAUAAGGAAUUUGACCCUGUCAUGGUAAUACUUCGCACAGUUUACCGUAGAGACGUGCAGUCUGCAAUGGACAGAUAUACUGCAUUUUUAAAGCAAAGUGGUAAAUUCCCUGGGAACCCAUGGCCUCCUUACAAGAAGAGAACACCACUACAUCCGAGUUACAAAGGUCUCGUGAAGCUUUUACACUGCAAAACCUUGCACAUUGUGCUGUUCACGCUCCUUUACAAGAUACUGAUGGAUCAUCAGAAUUUAUCAGAACACGUCCUUUGCAUGGUUUUGUAUUUGAUUGAGCUGGGAUUGGAAAAUUCUCCGGAAGAGGAGUCAGAUGAAGAGGAGUCUGCUGGUGGACAAGAGCGCUGCCAUGACAGUUGGUUUCCAGGUAGUAACUUGGUUUCUAACAUGCGUCACUUUAUUAACUAUGUCCGAGUAAGAGUACCAGAAACUGCCCCAGAAGUGAAGAGAGAACCACCUGCAAGUACCAGUUCGGAUGGUUUACCUUCUUCACAAAACUCGGGGACAGCUCAAGUGUUCAGUUUGGUUGCAGAACGUAGGAAGAAAUUUCAGGAGAUCAUCAAUCGGAACAGCAGUGAAGCAAAUCAGGUGGUUCGGCCCAAAACGUCAAUGAAAUGGUCAGCACCUGGUGCAACACCGCAGCUAACCACAGCCAUUCUUGAAGUCAAAGAAAGUAUAUUGUCCUUGCUAAUUAAAUUACACCACAAACUCUCAGGAAAACAAAACUCUUACUAUCCUCCAUGGUUAGAUGAUGUGGAUGUUUUAAUUCACCCCGAAAUUCCAAGAUAUUCUCACGGUGAUGGAAUGACAGCAGUAGAAAGAAUUUUAUUGAAAGCUGCAAUACAGAGCAGGCUGAAUAAACGUAUAAUUGAAGAGAUAUGCAGAAAGGUGACACCUCCUGUGCCACCAAAAAAGAUUAGUUCUGCAGAGAAGAAAACUCUGGAUAAAGAAGAAAGACGACAGAAGGCCAGAGAAAGGCAACAGAAAUUGCUAGCUGAGUUUGCUUCAAGGCAAAAAAGUUUCAUGGAAACCGCCAUGGAUGUUGAGUCGCCAGAAGCUGAUAUUGCCAUGGAGAUAGCUACAUCAGAACAGCAUGUUUCUGAGGCAAUAUAUGAUUGUGUUAUUUGUGGACAGAGUGGUCCUUCUACUGAAGACAGACCUACAGGGCUAGUUGUACUAUUACAAGCAUCCUCAGUCCUGGGACAAUGUCGCAAUAGCCCUGAGCCAAAGAAGCUGCCAACCACCGAAGAGGAGCAGAUAUACCCUUGGGAUACCUGUGCAGCACUGCACGAUGUGAGGCUUGCCAUUUUACAGCGAUACUUUAAAGAUAGUUCCUGUCUCCAAGCAGUGUCAAUAGGCUGGGAAGGAGGUGUUUAUGUACAAACAUGUGGUCAUACUUUGCACAUAGAUUGUCAUAAAUCUUACAUGGAAUCUUUGCGGAAUGACCAGGUCCUCCAGGGUUUUUCUGUGGACAAAGGAGAAUUUACCUGCCCUCUGUGUAGGCAGUUUGCCAACAGUGUUCUGCCUUGUUAUCCGGGAAACAAUGUCGAGAGAAACCUUUGGCAAAGUCACAGUAACAAGUGCAUGCAAGAUCUUGUGCGAGAGGUGGAAGAUCUUCAAGAACAGCUGGGAACUUUCCCAGUAAGCAUCAGUUCUGAGACCAAUCUCAGUAAAGAAAUGGAAUCUGUAAUGAAAGAUAUAAAAAGUACUACACAGAAGAAGUACACAGAUUAUAGCAAGAGUCCUGGAUCACCUGACAAUGAUUUUCUGUUCAUGUAUUCUGUAGCCAGAACAAACUUGGAACUUGAGCUGGUCCAUCGAGGAGGCAAUUUAUGUUCAGGUGGUGCAAGCACAGCCGGCAAAAGAUCAUGUUUAAAUCAGCUGUUCCAUGUGUUGGCUAUGCACAUGCGCCUCUACAGUAUUGACUCUGCAUACAAUCCCUGGAGAAAACUAACUCAGCUGCUGCAGGAUAAAAAUUCAGAGCUGCUAAAGGAAGAAGCGCCAGAAGUUCCUGUACUUUACAGAGAUGUCUCAUCUCUUUUGCUCAUCCAGAUCUUAACCAUGCCUCAGCCACUGCACAAGGAACACUUUACCUGCAUUGUAAAGGUGCUGUUCACUCUGUUGUAUACCCAAGCCUUGGUAGCACUUUCUGUUAAAUGCAGUGCUGAAGAUAGGAUGACAUGGAAAGAAUCAGGAGCUCUCAAGAAGAAUAUGUCCAGUGGAGAAAAAUCCUGGGAAGCGUUGCUGGGUCAUGUAGUCAGUGAGCUGUCUAAGGGGAAGAUAUACGAAGAAGGAGAGACUGAAGAAUUAACUGUGGUAAAUCCUGAUUCUGUAGAGUGUUACCUGCAGCAGUUCUGCUUACCUUUCCUCAGGAUCACCAGCCUUCUCCAACACCAUCUGUUUGGAGGGGAUUUACCAAGUUGCCAGGAAGAUGAGGAAUUUGCAGUUCUUGCAAGCUGCCUGGGGCUCUUACCAUCCUUUCAGUCAUCCCAUCAGUUCACUAGUGCCUCUUGCCUCGAUUGGCCGGUGCCCGCGUUUGACAUGGUAUCGCAGUGGUGCUCGGAGUUGGCUGCUUUUGCAGAAGGCUAUCCAGAUCAAGUAAAGACUUUGCUUAUCCAGGAGCCUAAGUGGGACUUGCCACGCCUCCUUCAGUUGCCUGAGAAUUAUAAUACCAUUUUUCAGUAUUAUCACCGAAAGACUUGCACUGUUUGUACCAAGGUCCCUAAAGAUCCUGCUGUUUGUCUAGUUUGUGGUACUUUUGUGUGCUUGAAAGGACUGUGCUGCAAACAACAGAGUUACUGUGAAUGCGUGCUGCAUUCUCAAAACUGUGGAGCUGGGACAGGAAUAUUUCUUUUGAUUAAUGCAUCUGUAAUCAUCAUCAUACGAGGCCAUCGUUUCUGCCUUUGGGGUUCUGUUUAUCUGGAUGCACAUGGUGAAGAAGAUCGAGAUCUUAGGCGUGGUAAACCUCUCUACAUAUGCAAGGAGAGGUACAAAGUGCUGGAGCAGCAGUGGGUGUCUCAUACGUUUGAUCAUAUCAAUAAACGAUGGGGGCCUCAUUAUAACGGCUUGUAAAUCAUCAUCCAUCUCACGCGGCAUCUUCACUGCUGCCAUCCGUGACUGCAUCUUGGCUGACAAAAGCUUUACCGAGCGGGAGCAGAGCUCUGCUGCGCGGGUGGCGUGGGCUGCGGGCGAGAAAGGGAAGCGGAACCUUGUCAGCACGUGAGACUUCGGUGUAAUUAGCUGCUGUUGCUACUAAAAUAAUGAUAAAAUAAUUUGAAAUUAAAACAAAUCCUCUAAAUGGUGUGAGCAAUCUGAUUGCACUCAGUAGUCCAUUUUUCUUCUGUUUUUUUAAGGCCCAUUACUGUUAAGAAGCACAAGUUUUACUUACAGUUGUUUAGAGGCUCCAGGGAUAGCUGUCAAGUUUUUAUUUUUCUCUGUGCGGAGUUUGGUUUUUAGCAAUUUUUGCUGAAACAUUGUAUAUGUGUACUUCAUCUACUAAAUAUAUUGGAUAAAUAUUCUUUGCCUUUUUGUGUGUUGGUUUGAGAUUUUUGCUUGAUACACAUUUGUAAUUAUACAGGAAUUGUAAAAGGUUUGUGAGGCUGCAUGGCAGUGUUUGGUCUGAAAGCUGAACUUUAAAGAAAAUUUCACUUAUCGCAAGAGAUCUAUUGAAAUAUUUCAGGCAUUACUGAAAACUUACGCAUACUCAGGAAUUUCAUAGUCUUUUUUUUUCUCCAUAAAUAAGUGAAAUCGCUGUAAAUUAGAUAGCUUAUUGCUCAUAAUGUAAUCCAGAACACACUUUCUUUUUUCUCUUCCAGAAUGAGAUUUUUCCAUAUCAAUUGCGUAAACUGUUAGUGAUAACACAUACAGAAAAGGCUGUAUACACAGUUUGUACAGCACCCAAUGUAGCAGAUCCCAAUUAUAAACAUAAUAAGGAUAAGCUGCCUGUCAUUAGAGAGCAGAUGUAUGUUUCAGAAUGAUUGGGUUGGAAUAUACAGGCUCUUCUACAAAUGAAACGUAAUUUGGUAUCUUUCAGACAGUUCCUCUGUAUUGUAUUUGUUCAGAGUAAUCACUGUUCUUUCUGCUUGAUUUCCUAAAAUGGAGGAGGAAAAAAAAAACCCACCAGCCUAAAUAGAGAGCCUGUGUGAACAACCAGUGCAUGUGCAUCCUUUCUGCAAGACAGCCAAAACAGCUUAUGUUUAGAGGACGUAAAAAUUCAUGGGAAUGGACCUGACCAGGCUAAGCUCCGCACUGUAAGUAGGUAGGAAAGGAUAUGGAUAAAGUCCUGGUGUGUGAUGUAAUGCUGCUGAUGUUUCUCACAGAUGUUGGACAGUGGUGGGCUCUAUCCUACAGUACUUCCAAGCACUUUCUGGUAGUUUUGGCUUUCAUUGCUUGUGUAUAAAAUAAAAUUUAUAUGUGUAAGAUAAAAAACAUCUACUGGUAAAACCAUAUAUACAAUGAAAAGAGCUCCCCAGUGGAAGUCAUUAACUAAUGAAAAGUGUAUAGGGGAAAUAAAAUGACUGUAUAGCAGUCAAGGAGAAUGGACAGAAGGAAAAGUAAAUAAAUAUAACUAGUUUUUCUGGAUGCCCACCAUUUAAAAAAAAAAGUCUACAAUAACCCAUGCUGGUUUUUAUACAUACAUAUAAAUAUAUAUAUAUAUAUAUUUCAAAGUAUUACAGUACUUCCUGUAAGAUUAGAAUUACUAUUUCACCAAAUAAAUAGCUUUGUCUUUUCAAAAAUAUUACUUUUUUGAUACUGUAUUAUAAGUUCUGCCUGUAAUAUUUUUGCAUUGCUCAUGAUGAAUACCAGGCCAUUUUGUAAGUGUGGUUGAAGAGCAAGAAGAUUCUUUACAUCUCCAGCGUAACAUUUAUUACAGGGCUCAUGAACUUGAGUAAUCUGUAGUUUGAAACUCCAGCUCUAGAUUUACAAGAGAUAAUGUAUGCAGAAUUUGAUUACUGUGUUUUAUUUAAAAUGGAAUGUUCUCUGGUUGUGCAUAUGGAUGUGAAGUAAAACUAUUAGCCUUAACUUUAACAUUUGAGUAUCUCAUAGUGUUUAUUUUAGUACUGGUGAAUUAGUCACCAGUCCAAUUUGAAAACAAACAGAAAAAAGCACUUGAUUGAAAAUUGUACUUGAAUAUCCUUGCAUGCUGCUAAACAAGAAUUUUGGUUUUCCCCAUAACUUUUUUAAUCCUACUUCAUGAAGCUUACCUUGAAAAAUAACAGGUUCAAGCUAGAGUGCUGUGUGUGCGACUCGGCUGUUCUGGUGUGCUAUCCUGUGUGAAUGACCAUUUAAGUACAGUACAUUACUGUAGAAUCUGAAUCUUUAUAACGCAUCGGAAGAGUACAAAACUAGGAAUACAGUA